GCGGAUCACAUGUUGCUGUGUUGUUAUUGUGCGCGCGGUGCGGGGGAAUGAUAGCGGCUCCUCUGAACCGGAUCACUCUUCAGCUGGACGGAAAGAUGAGCGGACCGUCGCGAGGGACAGGCCGCAGAUCACCGGAGGAACCCAGCGCGCAGUUCAGGAGCAGUUUAAGUAGUUUGGAGGUGUCGGUGCAGAACUCCUAGCCCGCGCCUGGAGCGACUGAACCUACUGAACCUGUACUGAUCUCGGGUCAGACUGAUCUGCUCUCAGCUGUUCUUUAUUUCUGUAGUUUGCUGAUUAAACAUGAAUGUACUUUUCUGGAAUCAGCUCCAGGCGGGGAGCUCGGAGGUGGACUGGUGUGAAGGGAAUUACCUCAUCUAUCCUGGAAUAGCAGAGUUUUAUAACACGAUAAGCAACAUUCUGUUUUUCAUCCUACCCCCCAUACUGAUGUGUCUGUUUCGACAAUAUGCCACUCAUUUCAACAGUGGGAUUUAUCUGAUCUGGACCCUGCUGGUGGUGGUCGGAAUUGGCUCCACUUAUUUCCAUGCUACGCUGAGUUUCCUGGGGCAGAUGCUGGAUGAACUAGCAAUACUGUGGGUGCUAAUGUGUGCCAUUGGCAUGUGGUUCCCCAAGAGAUAUCUGCCCAAGAUGUUUCGUAGAGACCGGUCCAGGUUUAAAUUGGUCGUCGGCAUUCUCUCAGGGAUCACUACCGGUCUAGCCUUCAUAAAACCAGCCAUUAACUCGAUCUCAUUAAUGACUCUGGGAAUCCCAUGCACAGCUCUUCUCAUCACAGAGCUUAAGAGGUGUGAGAACGUGCGCGUGUUUAAGCUGGGCCUGCUGUCUGGCCUGUGGUGGACUCUGGCGCUGAUGUGCUGGAUCAGUGACCGUAUCUUCUGCGAGAUGUGGUCAUCUGUCAAUUUCCCCUACCUUCACUGCGCCUGGCACAUUUUGAUCUGCCUGGCCUCCUACCUUGGCUGCGUGUGCUUCGCUUACUUCGACGUAGCUUCAGAAGCUCCAGAGCAGGGUCCGGUGGUAAAGUUCUGGCCCAGCGAGAAGUGGGCUUUCAUCGGGGUGCCCUACGUCACACUGCUGUGUGUCCACCGGAAGCCCUCCGUCAAGGUUACAUGAUUGACCCGGAACUGCCUCAUAUGCUGUCAUGUCAUUGCACUUUUAAAUUGGACAGAAGUUGAAGACAUUUUUGUCAGUAUUAAUAAUUUACAUGCUGCAUCUCAUCUGGUUUUAUUGAUUUAAAUUCAGCACCGAAAGAUAACCCCUCAGGAGUUUUUGGAUAGAAGUUUUGUCAAUCAGCACAAAAGAAGCGCACAGUUAUUCACUGAUGCUCAUGUUGGUUCGUAAAAUUAAUAGUAGGUCAGUUCCCUCAAACUGUAUAGUUGUAAUUAUAUACCAGCAAUGCAAUCAAUGACACUUUCACUGCGGUGUAGGGAGGGACACUGGAUUUCAAAAUUUGCUUUACUGUUCAAAAAGCACAAAAGAAAAUAUAUUACCGGUUUUUUUUUGUCCGCACAGAGCCUCACUUUAAGUGAUGCUAAAUUAAUUAUGUAUAAUGUUAUUUCUGUGGUGAUGUUUUUGCCAAUAUGCCAAGAAUUUUUUAAAUAAUCAGCACUUUUUGAUAUUGUAUAUCCCCAAAUAGCCACGUAUUUAAAAAAGAAAAAAAAUUAAGUAUGCUGAAAUGAACAAGAACAAACCUCUUCAAUUAGCCAAACUCUCUUUUUCACAAUUUUUGGUGAGACAAUGAUUUUAUCAGUAUAAAUACUAACACCUUUAAAUUUAGAUCAGUUUGCUAUGAAGUCACUGGUGUGACCUGGAUUAAUGGCAUCUGCAGGCUGUUUUAAGUCAGGCAGAUACACUAGGAUACCAUAAUCUUGUUUGAUCUCACUUUAUGAAGGAUUAAGUUUAAUAUUAACCCGUGUCUUUAGUAUUAACACAUUUUAACACAAAUGUUCUGAUUGUUAAUAGUGAGAUAUAUUUUUGUGCUAAUGUUGAAGGGUUUUGCAGGCGCUAUAGAAGGAUGUAUUUUGGCUUCUGCUAUUAAACGAUUGCAUGGAUGUUGUUUGGUGAACUGCAUAUAAUGGAAUGUUUUCCUGAGAAUGUUUAGCAAAUAUUUGCAAUCUGACUUGUUCUUCAAAUGUUCCCUGGGGGAGGCUUUAUUUGGACAGAUGUCUUGCCAAAAAGUUGUUAUUGAAUGGGGCUCAAAAAUGACUGCACAAAAUUCUCUGCUUCUGGUUGUUGUUGGACUGAGAAGAAAAAAUGCAAUCUGAUACAUGUAAGUGAUGUCAUCGUCAACCCAUUUUCUGUCACACUUGUUUGUUUUUGCUACAUCAUUGCAAAAUUUCAGAAUAUUUUUAAUCUAAAGUGCCACAACUUAGUAUCAGCAUACAGCUGAUACUAAUGAUGCUUUAUCAGAUCCUUCUCAGUAAUAAAGUUGGAAUCUGUCUGUGUUACUACUGCAAAAUCAGCAUUGCCAACUUUUGUAAAGAGACAAAUAUGGGAAGUCUAUUUGACACAUUCUCAACAAACUGUAUGCACAGUACAAACCAUGUGGUGUUUUGCCAUAUUUUGCUGUUUGCCAUUAGGAGGAGAUACAGGGACCAAGUAUCUGAAGACUAUUUAUUUUUCUCCUGUUUGUAACUAAUCUUUUUGUAAGUAUUGCUGAUAAAUAACUGUAAUUUGAACAAAACCAUUUAAUUAUGUAUUUUUGCAUUUUAUUUUCUGUAAUAAAAAAAAUGCCAUAUUA